CACAUGACAAAACCCCAACCCUUAUAUAAGUGUCUCUCCUCCAAACAAAUUUCAUCAUCCUCACUCCAAACAUCAACCUUUCACUUUCAACCCCAAGUUCCCAACCCUUCCCCCUAAAAAAAAUGGCAUCAUCCUCAAUUGUUUUCGCUACUAUCUUUCUAGCAAGUCUGAUUGCCACUACUAGAGCCAACUUUAACAACGACUUCGCCAUUACUUGGGGAGAUGGUCGAGCCAAGAUCCUCAACAACGGUGAUGACCUUACCCUUUCUCUCGACAAAGCCUCAGGCUCAGGCUUCCAAUCUAAGAAUGAGUAUCUCUUUGGUAGCAUCGAUAUGCAAUUAAAACUUGUUCCUGGUAACUCUGCUGGCACUGUCACUGCUUAUUAUCUAUCGUCUUUGGGUACAACCCAUGACGAGAUUGAUUUCGAGUUCCUAGGAAAUGCUAGUGGACAACCUUACACACUUCAUACUAAUGUGUUUGCUCAAGGGAAAGGCAACAGAGAACAACAGUUCCACUUAUGGUUCGACCCUACUAAGGAUUUCCACACCUACUCUAUUCUUUGGAAUCCUCAAAGGAUUGUUUUCUCUUGUUAUGGAAUUCCCAUUAGAGAAUUCAACAACAUGGAAUCACAAGGUGUAUCAUUCCCUAAGAAUCAACCAAUGAGGAUUUACUCUAGCUUGUGGAAUGCUGAUGAUUGGGCUACCCAAGGUGGAAGGGUCAAGAUUGAUUGGACACACGCACCAUUUACAGCGUCAUACAGAAACUUCAAUGCCAAUGCUUGUGUUUGGGCUUCUGGCUCAUCUUCUUGUGGGUUAAGUCCUUCCGCUGAUUCGGGUUCGGAUUGGUUGAACCAAGAGCUAGAUUCAGCAAGUCUAGAAAGAAUGAGAUGGGUGCAGACCAAUUACAUGGUCUAUAAUUAUUGUGCUGAUCUUCAGAGGUUCCCUCAAGGCCUACCUACAGAAUGCACAACUACUACUUAAAAGCUAAUAGGCUUGAGUCAAUUUUCCCUUUGAAUUAAAAUUCUUUAUUCUUUGAUUCUUUCAAGCAAGAUUUAUGUAUGCCAAGUGGACGUAUUAUAAAUUUGAUUAAUUCUUAUUCAUGUAAGAUUUUCAAUUUUAGAUUAUUCUGGUUAUAUAUAUUGUGUGAUCAAAUAUCAA